AUGCCCGUAUCAACCAUCAAGAUACAUGAAUCAGAUCGGCCCUGGAUGAACAAUAAUCUAAAACAGCUCAUCUCUCGUUGCCAAAAAGCUUUUACAUCUGGUAACAAUCCUCUCUACCAAAUUCUAAGAAACAAAGUCAACCAAGCAUGCAAACGCGGCAGAAAAUCCUACUACGUUAACAAAGUUAAAGGUUUACGAGAUUCCAAGCCCCGUGACUGGUGGAGAGAAGUUAAACAGAUUUGCGGCGCCAGUAAAAUUCCAAAAAGGAACCUAACCUCAUUACUCCAUCCAAACCUUGUCUGUGAUAAGGAAUCUCUGGCUGAAAACAUCAAUUCGGCGUUUGUCAACAUAAUGAAUGAUUAUUUACCUCUCAUGUCAGAUUGUAUACGUGUAGAAAUGGCUGAUGAUCGACCAAUAUCUGUCACUGAACACUCUGUCGCAAGAGAGCUUUUAGAGCUAAAUGCUUCUCGUGCCAGUGGUCCCGACAACCUCCCUAACUGGGUACUUAAAAAUUUUGCGUAUAUUCUAGCUGCCCCAACUGCUGAUAUCCUAAAUACUUCGUUAUUGGAAUGUAAAGUUCCUGAUGCAUGGAAACUUGCCAAUGUCUGUCCUGUUCCUAAGGCAUCUUCUAUCUGCAAUAUCAGUGAGGAUUUAAGAGCAAUCUCUCUAACACCCACUGUAAAUGUUCAUUAAUCUUUAUUCAUGUUUUAUCUUUAGGUUACUUGGUUUUGGCCGGGUAA